AUGGAUGUGCCUCCACCACCUCGUCACUCAAUCUCCAGUGGCCGUCUGCCUAGGAUUCGGGCUCGCGCUGGUACCAAUGUUUGCGCACGCAUGGACAUGGAUAUGUUCCAGUUCCACGGCUCGGAUGUUCCUCUGCCCUCAAUUGAAGUGCCCCAGUCGACUACCGAUUUCGAGCCACCUUCAUUCCGCGAUUUUGCCAAUGACGAGAGAUAUCUUGCGCCUCCUCGCGCGCGAAUAGAUUUUAAAACGCCGCCUGCGCAGAUCCGCGGCACACCUUUCGAUUCCUGCGACACUGGAAACCCGUGGCCAUCGUGGGACCAAACGCCUGGCCCAAACAACAUCAAGCGCCCUGACUCGGCCUGCUCGAGUCUGUCAAAUUCUUCAAUAGAAUCCAUCGAAACGUUCGCAUCGCGACCAUCUGUAGGAAGUUUCACCAGUGUCGAGAGCGAUCUGUUUGACUCGCACUUCCCUUUAGAAAUGUCCAAAGAACCUGAGAUUGAGUCGCCUUCGCGACCUCAGAAGCAGGCGGCGAAUGUCAAAGUGUCCAAGAAGUCCUGGACUCGCGAGAUGGAUACCCACUUGUGGAAUACCUAUCAGAUUUAUCUUCAGGAUCCCACAAUGACUCCAUUCAAGAUGACACCUGGCAGUAUCCCCCCUCUGGGGGUCACCUCGCGUGUUGCGCGACGCGCCAAGAAGACAUGGGGCCAAAAGAGCAGUCGCAUUGUUGAAUCUGUCUCGAAAUCUGUUGAUCCCAUCGAAAUUUCUACACCCAAAGCUGUGCACGAGGAGAUAAAACCUGCCUGGCCCAAGUCUGACCCCAAGACUCGACGACGCCUCAAGAUGCUAUGUCGACGCAAAUUCUCGAUUUCUCCACACUAUCAGCGCAUCAUGCAGUCUCGCACUCCCGAGCCUGUCGUCGAUAUGUUCGGCCCUCCUACGGAUACCCGCGUCAAAGACUUUGCUGAUAGCUCGGCCUACACUACUCGUGACCUCGGCGUUUCUCUUGUCUCCGAGCCGACUGCACUCUCUCAGGUUACACAAGACUUGCCGUUGGCCACGGACUGGUUUAACAACCCCGUGUCUGCUCAUGCCGAGCCAGCAGUGGCCAAGACCCCUAGUCAGCAUAUUCGUGUGGAAUCUGCUCCUAGCAUUCCUCGCCUGGGAUCUCCUGCUCGACGUGAGACCGUCCAUGUUCCGGGUUAUCGUGCCCGACGCAACACCUACUUCGACCAGUCUUUGCCCAAAACUGAUGAUGUAUUCACGAGCAUAUCCAGAGAACAGAAUAAUCCUUCCGAUCAAGAGAUUGAACGUCGCUUGGAGAACUAUGUCCGUCACAACAAGUUCCAAGACAUGGGCCAUGGUCGGGUCCGCAUUCGCAAUCGUGGAGCUACCACUAGCGCUGUUAAUCCCAGAGAUAUGGACCAGCUAUUCUCUCCGCCCUCGUCCCUCAACUCAGGCCCAAUUGAACCCGAGGAGACUACACCCGUUCUGAAACCCCCCUAUGAACCCAUUGUUGGACCUUGGCGAAAACAUCAAACGCCUUGGCUCACCCUUCCGGAUCGAAGGAGCACACAAGCGUCGCGAAGCUCCGAAGCGAGCCACUAG